AUUAAUAUAAUGUAGCAACCGUCCGAGACUAAACAAUCAAUAUAAAGUGGUAGAAUGAUACUUCAUCCAUCAAUGAAGUUAGAUAAAUCAGCAGCAUUUUUUAAAAGUACUAGAAUUAGUUCAUGUUCAUAUGUAAAAAUGAAAUAAGGUAAUCCUUAAGUAAUUAAAAUAAUUAUAAAAAGGCUAUACCAUUUUAUGAGAUUGCAAAUAAGACUCCAGGAGAACAUGAAACAAAAUCUACAUAUACAACAUCAACAUAUGCGUAUAAUAUUAAAAUUAAAUGAAAGAGAUGAUUAUAAAGUUAAACCUAAUUUGCAUGUUGGUUCAACUAAUAAAUUAUUAGAACCAUAUAAUACAGGAUCAUUCAGAUCUAGAUUACCAGAACCAGAUGCUCCUAUUUUAACUAAAAAUGCAUCAUAAGUAGAAUUAGGAGAAAGACAGUAUUUUUAUAUUAGUAUUAUAAAAUAUAGUUUUAAUGUAAAAAGACAUUUUCUAAGUACAGCUCAUAAUGUUUAUGGAAAUUUUGGAAAAUUUGGAAAUGUUACAAAUCCAGGUAUUUUAUCAGAAAAAACAAAGUGGCAUCAUCAUUUAUAAUAAAAAUGA